AUGGCCGAAUAUCUUCUUUCACAUGGUGCAAAUAUCAAUGAAAAAGAUAACUUAUCGGAAACUGCGCUUCAUAGCGCAGCAGGAAAAAGUAAUAAAGAUAUGAUCGAAUUUCUCCUUUCACAUGGUGCAAAUAUCCUUGAAAAAAUAUUUUUAAUGAUACUGUUCUUCAUAAAGCAAUAA